AGUUAUUCUCAUGUAAAUUUUUGAGAGACAUAUCUUAAAAACGAAUCCAGUCCAAAUGCUAAAGCGGCACCAGAUUUGCGUAAAAACCACUUGAUUGCUUCACCUUCCUCAAUCCUCAGCCCUCUCUCUGUAACUUGAAUUCUAAGUAUGAUUUAGUUCAUUGUCUUUAAAUCAUCGAAACUUCUUCUUCAUUUUUUUCUCUCUCAUUAUAAACAAACUACUUAUUAAUGAACAUAUAACCAAACCUACCUAGUUCUCAAACCUCUGAGAUCAUUCCAUUGUUCAUCACGCUACCUCCUACUUAUCCACUCUUGCAAAAUGGGACGCCAUUCAUGUUGUGUGAAGCAGAAGUUAAGGAAAGGUUUAUGGUCUCCUGAAGAAGAUGAGAAACUGUACAAUUACAUCACACGAUUUGGUGUUGGUUGCUGGAGUUCAGUUCCUAAGCUAGCUGUAUGUAGGUUUGCAGAGGUGUGGAAACAGCUGCAGAUUGAGAUGGAUAAACUACUUGAGACCUGACCUCAAAAGGGGAAUGUUUUCUCAGCAAGAAGAGAAUCUGAUAAUUAGUCUUCAUCAAGUUCUAGGAAACAGGUGGGCUCAAAUUGCUGCACAGUUACCAGGAAGAACAGACAAUGAGAUAAAGAACUUCUGGAAUUCAUGUUUGAAGAAGAAGCUGAUGAAGCAGGGCAUUGACCCCACCACCCAUAAGCCCAUAAGCGAUGCUGAAGUGAAAGAGGAAAAGAACAGUAGCAAUGAAAAGACAUGUAAUUUGCAAAUGGCGCCACAGUCUAAAGGGUCACCAACUGUUUCACCACUCACCGCUCAGGAGCCAACGUUUCUUGUUAACGAUUCACCUUAUUACACCAAUGGAUUAACCGACAAUUCAAAAGAGCAAUUCAUGAUUAAGCAAAUCUAUGAUCCUUUUUCAGGCUUCGAGUUUCAAGCAACUGCUGCCGAUCAAAUCGGAUAUAAUUUCAAUCUUGUAUCACAAUAUCAAAAUUGGCAGUUUGAGACAAAUAAUUCUAAUUUUACACUCUCUUCGGUGCCAAGUUUAACUAGUUUUGAUCAUGGAAACAUGUCGGGGACUGAUUUCUCUGAUAAUUCAGCUUCAAGAGUAAGUUCUUUCUUCUUGAAUGAAACAAAGGAAAGUUCUAGUAACAGUUCAAACAUGAGCAAUUACACAGGAUUUCAGAUGAAUAACUUGGUGGAAAAUGCGGCAGCUUUCUCGUGUGAUGCUGAGAAUAAGUUAAACUCUAUGUUUCAGUUUCAAGUCAAUGGUAUCAAAUCUGAAGAAAUGACACCAUGUUCCUGGCAUGAAGCGCAGCUUCAUACUCAGAAUUCAGUAUAUUUUGGUAGCUAUCCUUUAACGUCACUAUCAGAAGAUCUAACAGGCGCAAAUUUUGAUGUCUUCCAGCAGAUGUGAACUAUAAAUUCCUUUUUUUUUUCCCUUUCUUUUUUCUCUGUUGUUCUAGCUAGACAUACACAGACGUUGAUAGUACAGGAAUUUCUAUUGAAAGGUUUGAGAUAUGAAAUUUUUUUUCUCUCGUUAAAAUCAGGAAGUAAAAGUGAUUGAGUUGAGUUUUCUCUAAGAGAUUCAAUCUUUCUGUGUACUUGGUUGCUUCUGUAAUUGUUUUGGGAAAGGUGAAAUAAUGUUUAUUUUUCUUACAGUUUAAUCAAAGAGUGAUAACCAAUUCAAAUGGUCCGAGUGUUUGUAUAA